AAUUCAAAUCUCGAUGAGAAAGUGGAGGAAAAAAUUAAAUGCUAUUUUUUUGUGCCUUUUUCUCUUUAAUAAUCGUUAUUAGGGCAAAUGUGAGGCUCAUCAGUUAAAUUACAAAGCUCAUGAUCUAUAUUUGCAUGCAUGCAAGAAAGACGGGGAGAAUAUAACAGACUCUGAGGCAGAAAAACAGGCUCCUGAGGAUGGGGCUCUGUCGAGGGAAAAAUGGGCCAACAACAUGGAGUUCAUACUCUCUAUGGCUGGUGAAAUAAUUGGCCUCGGAAAUGUUUGGCGUUUCCCCUACCUGUGCUUCAAGAACGGAGGAGGUGUCUUCCUCAUCCCCUACUGCGUGUUCCUCUUCUUCUGUGGCAUCCCCGUGUUUUUCUUGGAGACAGCGCUGGGACAGUACACGAGUGAGGGUGGGGUGACUGCCUGGAGGAAGAUAUGUCCCAUGUUUCAGGGAGUGGGGUUUGCGUCCCAAGUGAUUGUGAUCUAUCUGAACAUAUACUACAUUAUUGUUUUGGCAUGGGCUAUCUUCUACCUAAUAAACUCCUUCAAAAGUCCCCUGCCCUGGUCUACAUGUGACAACUGGUGGAACUCUGACUCGUGCCACAGUCGCAUGAGCAUCUUUGCAAACCCCCAACUGUUUCAGGCCGGGUCCAACUGGUCAUUCUUACACAACGUCACCUCAAUGGACUACUAUGAGAAUACAACUUACAAUGAAACAAUAUUGAUGAGCACGUCACCAGAAGAGGAGUUCUGGAGUAACCGUGUGUUAAGAAUAUCAGAAAACAUGUCUUUGGGUAAGAUUCAUUGGGAUCUGGCUCUGUGUCUUAUGUUUGCCUGGAUCAUAUGUUACUUCUGCAUCUGGAAGGGAAUCAAAACAACUGGAAAGGUGGUGUACUUCACUGCUACAUUUCCCUACUUGAUGCUCUUUGUGCUCUUCAUCCGUGGAGUGACGCUCCCAGGAGCUGGAGAGGGCCUGAAAUACUACCUCAAGCCCGACUUCACCAGACUUAGUGAUCCAGAUGUGUGGCGUGAUGCAGGGACUCAGGUGUUCUUCUCCUAUGCUGUUUGUCAGGGAGUGCUGACGGCUCUGGGGAGCUACAACAAAUACAACAACAACUGCUACAGGGAUUGUUUGGCACUGUGCUGUCUGAACAGUGCCACCAGUAUCUUUGCAGGCUUUGCUGUAUUCUCAGUGCUGGGAUUCAUGGCUCAGGACCUUAACAUUUCAUUGGAAGACAUUUCAGCUGGUGGUCCUGGUUUAGCCUUCAUUGCCUAUCCUACAGCUCUGUCGUUGCUUCCUGGUUCGUCCUUUUGGGCUGUGCUGUUCUUCUUCAUGCUCCUUUUGCUCGGCCUAGAUAGUCAGUUUGUGUGUGUGGAGAGCCUGGCCACAGCCCUCACUGACCUGUUUCCACGUUAUCUGAGGAGGCCGUGUGCCAGAGAGAUAUUGGUUCUGGUCAUCGCUAUUGUUUGCUUCUGUUUGGGGCUGCCCUUCAUUACUGAAGGCGGGAUCGUCCUCUUCCAGCUGGUUGACACAUAUGGUCCAAGUGGAACCAGCCUCCUAUUUAUUGCUUGCGCAGAGACCAUUGUUAUUGGCUGGGUAUAUGGCGCAGACCGUUUCUAUGACAACAUUGAAGACAUGAUUGGGUAUCAUCCGUUCCCUAUGCUGAAGUACUGCUGGCUGUUCAUCACGCCGCUCAUUUGCGGGCUUACAUUGCUGUAUAACCUGGUGCAAAGUCAUCCUCUUGUUGUAUAUGGGUUUGAGCCUGGCACCUGGGGAGUCACACUGGGCUCUCUGCUUGUUCUUACACCCCUGAUAUGCAUCCCAGUAUUCAUUCUGGUCUCACUAUAUAGGGAUCCUGAAAACAUGAGUACACCAUCCAGUGACCUGCGCCAGAGUCGGCCACAUAACCCAGGGCUCACAUUGUUUAAUUAUGUCAUAGUCAAGGCACAGGGGCAGCCAAACAUGAGGGUGGAGUAUAGAGAAGACAAGCUGGUAAUGGAAGAACCUGGUAGUGCUUGAUGUUUGCUGAUGAAAGUUUAUAUUUUCACCUAUUAAGAAAAAAAUAUUCCUUUUAUAUAAAUGAUUAUAUCUUAAGGGUCUUCAGGGGUAUUUGUUUGUUCUUUUGUUAACAUGAGUUUUUACCUUACUACUCUUUUGCUUAUGAAUAACAGAGUCCUUUGCAUUGUACAUGUACCUGUAUACCUCUAAUCCUGCAUACUGUAACUGGAUUAAAAGAGCACUCUGCUGAUUUAACAUUGUGCUUUUUGUAACACUUAUGGAGUCAUGAGGAAUAAUAGUUUAGCUUACGUAUAAAUUAUCCCCUGUGACCUGCACCUCAUAACACCUCAACUUUGACAUGCAAAAUCUGUGCCAUGUCACAUUAAACUAUAAUGCAUUAAAACACGUCUUAAUUUGAGUUCUGGUCUAUUUUUACCAAAAAAAUGCAAAUUUCUUGUCUUCAUUAAAUGCAAUAUACAUACAGAACUUUCACAUCCAGUGAAAUUAAGGCCAAUUGCAUUGAAUAUGAAUUGUUUGAUUAUUUUACUGUAUGUAAUAAACUGUAAGUUUUUUCAUGAAUUUAAAGGUUGCUAUUUUGUAAACCAUUUUUUAAAUUUUUGCAAAUAUUGCAAUCUGUCAAAUCAAUCAAUAAAAGUGGACAGAUAUGGAUGAUUUUGUGUUUUAUGUGGUUGUAGCUUGUGCAAGCAAUGACAAUAUAACAUAUCAACACGCUAAAUAUCCCAGUCUAUUCUAUGCAAGUCAGUUUAAUCAAUUAAACUCACAUUUCCUGUUUUGUAUCAAGAAAAAAAAAGCAUUACAUUUAUCUUCCUACCGUGUUUUUUUGUCACGCAUGUCUGUGGUUACAAGAAGGCAAUAAUGCAGCGUUGAUGUGUGAUGGCACUGGAUGUGUGUGACUAGCAAAUGUGCUAAUGCUCUGUCAUUAUGCCAUGCUCAUUCAUCUGUGUGAUCCAAACUGGCAUUCAAUUAACUGACAAUUCCGCCCAGUUGUCUUCCACCUCUCGUCACCCUCAGUCCCCCCCGCUCGUCCUACACUGACAUAAAAUGACCCUCACUCCUGAGUGUCACUCAGCAUCGGAUCCCGGCAGGUCUCCACUCCUAGCCCCCCCACUGUACGCCUUGUACACCUAUGACUGCGCACCAACCCACCUAACCAACAUCAUUGUCAAGUAUGCCAAUGACACAACCGUGGUUGGGCUCAUCAAUGAUGGAGAUGAGACUGCGUAGAGAACUUGUCCCACUGGUGCUCAGAAAUUAACCUGAAGCUGAACGUCUUUAAAACGUCUUUAAAACAAAAGAACCACUCCCCUCCCAAUAUGAAUGGAGAAUCUGUCUCUGCCUUCAGGUUUCUGGGCACCCACAUCUCCAUCAAUCUCCUCUGGAUCCACAACACCAACAACCUUGUAAAGAAGGCCCAGCAGCGGUCUAGAAUAACCUAGACCAGAAGAUGCUGCUGGGCCUCUACGGCUCCUCAGUGGAGAGCAUGCGCUCCUACUGCCUGGAUGUGUGGGUUGAAGCGGCCACAACUGUGAACAGGAAGUGCAGGGUAAUUAACACUGCCCAAAAAUGAAUUGGCUGCCCUCUGCCUGUCUCAGGAAAACCAGGGCCAUUAUAGGUGACCCCUUGCACCCCACCCACCACCUGAUUGGUCCGUUCCCCUCUGGUCGGCGCCUCAGGCAAAUCAGGUCUCACGUCUCCAGACUAACAAACAGCUUCUUCCACUGGGCCAUUUAGACUGUCAGUAAAUACUACCUCCUCACACCCCACCCC